AUGGACGACCUAAACGGGUUGAGUUGGUCAAACAACUCGAACGCCCCAUCAAAUAAACCGCCGCCCAUGAGCUCUGGCCUCAUGUUCCCCAAUAUACGGUCCACUGGUGGCUCUGGAAGGUCAACGCCCAUGUCCGCUGCCUCGAACCGCACUCCGUCGCCUUCCAAACCCGCCACGUCCACCGGAGAUAGCUUCGCCAAUCUGGUCUCAUUCAACUCCUCCGCCGCAAACAAGAACCUCUCACUUGCGGAACAACAAAAGCGUUUGCAGGAGGAGAAGGCAAAGAAGGAAGCAGAGAAGCGAAGUCAGUACGAGGCGCAAUAUGGGGGGCAGAACAAUCAGUUCUGGGACGGUCUUGAGCAAGGCCGUACCCAGAGCCCUGCUGCCGCGCCAGUCUCACAGUCCGUAUCUCCUCCUGCCGACGACGAUGAUAUAUUAGCCGCCUUCAAUGCUGCGGCGCCUGUGGACGCAUCAACGAACUUCCCUAUCCCGAGCUCCAACGCUUCGCCCCAGAUCGGCUCCAAUACCUCACAACAUUCAUUAGGUAGAGGGAUCUCAAUGCGCGACAACACAGGAGGAUUGGAUGCAUUUGACGACGACGAUCCUUUUGGCCUCAAUCAAUUGAAGCCCCAGACAGCGGCCGCCCCUCCUCCCGCACAACAUGACGAUGACGACUUCCUUGGAUUGCUGGGGAAGCCCGUGUCGGAAAUACCGCGGCAAAAGCCUACCCCAUCGCCUCCGGCUCCCUCAAUUCGAGAAACGAGGAGCCAAGAUGCAUCGCCCAUGCCGUCGAGCGAUGAGGAUCGAGCUAUCGCGGAGCUGGUCGAUAUGGGAUUCUUCGCGGAAAAAUCUCGCCAGGCCCUAAGGGCUACACCGUCAGGGACAGAUGUGCAGGCUGCUGUUGGUUGGCUUCUCACACAAGCCCACGCUGAAUCUAGACAAAAGUCACAGGGACAAUCACCGUCGAACGGUCCAUCCCAUGACCCAGUGGAGCGAAUUGGUAGUCGCCAUCGUGAUGCUCCGUCUUGGGCGCGGGAAGGCAGGUCACAGACUCCUCGACGAGAUGACAGUAUGAGCCCCGGUGCCGAGAAAGACCCGGCCCAAAUCGCAUCCCAGCUUGGCAACAACCUUUGGAAAACUGCCGGCUCUCUCUGGAAAACAGGAAGCAAAAAGUUCCAGCAGGCUGUGAACGAGUUCAAUACGGAUCAUGACCCCAGCCAACCCAAGUGGAUGAGAGAUGCUUCCGCUACACGCGAAGAUUCGUUCCCUCCACCGCAGCCACCUCGACGUGGUGGUGACAGGACAGAUCAACCGCGACAGAAACCACGAGAUUUCACAGAUGAGGCCAUGCUUCUUGAAACCGGCGAUGCUCGACCUCGUAAACCUGUUCGGCCGGAUACUAGUGGCAAUGACCUUCGCCAGCAGUCUCGAUCCCCCGCCCAACACAUGCAACAGCCUAAUUUCCUGCAACGGCCAUCACGUCCCAAUUCCACGGAACCCAAAUCUCGUCUGUCACGAUUUGCCACGGAGGAGCAAUCGGCACAAGCCUAUGUUAGUUCAGCAAGGCGAAAGCGGCCUCAAGCACCGCCUCCAGCGCCUGAACCCGCUGUUGAUCUCUUCGAUUCUCCCGCCCCUUCAUCCCAACAUCCCAAACCGGCGACUCCAUCACAAGUCACACCUCAGACACGCUCAGCAUCAAUCCCGGUGCAUCCUAAAGCCCCGCCGCGACCUAUUCCACCUGUAUCGGCCGAGGCUCUUCAGUCUACGCAUCGCCACCGCGAAAAGGCCGCAGAAGCGUAUAAGCGAGGUGACUAUGCAGCUGCUUAUCAGAGCUUUUCAACUGCUCUAAACAUGCUCCCUGAAAAGCACCCAAUCACAAUCAUGAUCCGCAGCAACCGCGCGAUGACAGCGCUGAAGACCGGUGAACCGAAGUCCGCCGUUGACGAUGCCGACGCUAUUCUGGCCUUAAUUGGUCCCUCGAAGGGUGAAUCCGAAACAAUUGAUCUUGGAAAUGGCGAGCCCGCCAAGCCAAUGAAGGAUUUCUUCGGCAAGGCCUUGAUGCGCAAAGCCGAGGCAUUGGAACAGCUCGAGAAAUGGGUCGACGCGGCGCAGGUAUGGAAAUUGGCUGUCGAGGUGGGCCACGGCGGAAGCACCAGUAUUCAAGGCCGAAACCGAUGCGAGAAGGCCGCUGGUAUCAGCAAGCCCCCAACGAAGGCAGUUCCCGUCAAGAAACGGGCAACUCCUGCGCCCAAGCAGGCUUCUGCGCUGUCAGACCUGGGUGGAGCAUCAAGCUCUGGUCAAGACUCGAAAGCUGUCAGCCGUUUGCGGGAGGCCAACGAAGCUUCCGAGCGUGCUGAUGAGGAGAAAUUCGCUCUCUCAGACAGUGUCGACGCCAGAAUCGCAACCUGGAGGAACGGGAAGCAGGACAAUCUGCGCGCUCUGCUGGGUAGUCUUGAUACUGUUCUUUGGGCCGACUCUGGGUGGAAGAAGAUCAACUUGUCGGAGCUGGUAUUGCCGAACAAGGUGAAAAUUCAAUAUAUGAAGGGAAUUGCUAAGGUGCAUCCCGACAAGAUUCCCACCACUGCUACCACUGAGCAGCGGAUGAUCUCCAGUGCAGUCUUUGGAACCCUGAAUGAAGCAUGGGACAAGUUCAGAGUGGAGAACAACCUCUAGCGCGAUAUCUUAACGUCAUCGCUAGCCUGAUUUUGCAAUCGCUACAUACCAUGGCCAUAUUUUCAUGUCAA